GACGCUGUUGCUGAACUGUUCCUCCAAACAUUCCUGCAGAAAGCGCCCCGGGCUCUUGCCCCCACGCCAGCAGAGGACAGCGCGGUCCCUCGCCGCCUUGCUCACGGAACAGGCCGCGGCUUGCUUUCGCGCCCUGAGUCAAGGGCCCCUAUUUGUGCGCAUGCCCUGGGAGAGUGGAAACCCGAUACUUCGGCUGUGAGUCAGCCCACGGGUCAGCUAUUCAAGAGGUUCCGGGAAAGUAGCGGCCGCGAGAACCCGCAAGUUGCUCCCUUCCGUGCUCCUAGGAAAGGCAGGGCUUGCUGGCCGCCUGCAGCAGUCCCAGCGCCUCUUCGCCCGGCAGCGUAGCUUCAGAGCCGUCCGUGGACCAACCAUUUCUCUGCUCCUUCCCUCCCGUUUCUGAGACAUGGACAGUCUGACCGCAGCCAACACAGCCUUUUCGCUCGGCCUUUUCAAGAAGCUAAGUGAAAAUAAUAGAACAGUGAACCUGUUUUUUUCUCCUUGGAGCAUUUCUUCUGCUCUUUCAAUGGUCUGUUUGGGUGCAAAAGGUAACACAGCAGCCCAAAUGUCAAAGGUGCUGUCUUUGACUGCAGGUGAUCAGAUUCACCAGGAGUACGAGAAACACAUGUCAGAAAUCAACAAACCUGGCACCAAGUACUUGCUUAGACUUGCCAACAGACUCUUUGGAGAAACUUCAUAUGAGUUUCUAACAGCAUUUACAAACUCCACUCAGAAAUUCUACCAUGCCGAUCUAGAGAAAGUUGACUUCAUCAGAACAGCAGAAGACUCCAGAGAACACAUAAAUUCCUGGGUAGAAAAACAAACAGAAGGUAAAAUCCAAAAUCUGCUUGCCCCGGGCAUUGUUAAUGCUCUUACAAGGCUGGUUUUGGUGAAUGCGCUCUAUUUCAAGGGAGACUGGGCAGAACAGUUCCAGAAGAAUUGUACAGCAGAGAGGCCAUUCAAAAUCAACAAGAACGAAAGCAAGCCAGUGCAGAUGAUGUUUAAGAAGGCGAAAUACAGGGUGACCUACAUAGCGGAUUACUAUACCACUAUUCUUGAGAUUCCCUAUGUUGAUAAUGAACUGAGCAUGAUCAUUCUGCUUCCUGAUCAAAUCAGAGAUGAUUCCACCGGCCUGGAGAAGCUAGAGAGAGAAAUGACUUAUGAGAAAUUCAUCGACUGGAUCAACCCAGAGAUGAUGGACCUUACUACAAUUGAGCUGUUUCUUCCUAAAUUUAAACUGGAGGAAAAAUAUGAUCUGAAGCCUGUCUUGAGCAGCAUGGGAAUGACUGAGGCUUUUGAACCAAACAAGGCCGAUUUCUCAGGAAUGUCACCCAACAAUGACUUAUUCCUGUCUGAGGUUGUCCACAAAAUCUUUCUGGAGGUAAAUGAAGAGGGAACUGUGGCGGCCGCUGCUACAGGAGCUGUUAUGAAUAUGCGGUGUGCCAUGAUUGUGCAGCAGUUCAUAGCUGACCAUCCCUUCCUCUUUCUUAUAAGGCACAAUAAAACAGGAGGCAUCCUCUUCUAUGGUAGAUUUUGUUCUCCCUAAAGGUUUUCUGUUGUCUGUGGACCAUGUAAACACACCUCACUGUGGCCUGCUGCCAAAUAUAUGAAGCUUUGCUUUCUCAUUAGAUUCUCUCACAUAUAAUCGAAUUAUGUAAUGCUGGGAGCUGUCAUUGCUACUGUUCAACUUGCAGCAGUCUCUUGGAGCUCUGUUACUAUUGGAGCAAUGGCUUUGCAUGCAAGGAUUGCUCCAAGGUAGGCCAUGGAGGCAGCGAUUGUCUUUUUUGCAAGCUCCUCAAUGGAUUUGUGUUCUGGGUGCCUUAUGCAGUUCAAGAAAAUCUUUCACAAACCAUGAGCAAAACAAAGAGGAAGCAGACUUUACUCACUGUACCCUUCAUUUUUUUAAUGUACUGUACUCAAGAGAUCAGGUCUAAUUUUUCAAGAGGCUUGGCUCAAGUUGAUAACACCUUUGUGAGUUUUUGUGUCCAGAGUGCCUUCUUCUCUCCUGGUUUGGAUGCCACCUUCUUUGGGGCAUUUUCCCCUAGUGUUGCAGUCAACUCCAAAGAGUUUCUUUCAAAGGUGAUUACACAGUAAACUUUUAUAUGUAUUCGAUAAAACAAUACAAGCAUACAUUUUUUUAUGUAUUUGAUAACAAAAUAGUUGUUUAGUUUCAGUUUCUGGUGUUGAAGUUGGCACAUAAAUCUUAUCCGAACUUAAUUACAGUAGCAAUGUAAAAAAGAAGGGGGGGAAGCUUUGUUCUGGUCCUUCCAGUACUAAAAGAUUUCAUGCUUUUGCUACUUGUCAGUUACAGCCUUCUUUGCGAAGCUGAAGAAUAUAAGUAUGAAAGGUUGGGGAUUCUAAUGUACUUGCAUAUUUGAAAAAAUAUAUAACUGCACAGAAAUAUCUAGCCUACAGUUGAGACUCAGCAUUCCACAAUAGAGAUUUACCUUGCUUAAGUGUAUGACUGGAUUUUGAUGUAAUUUGUGGAUUAAAAAUUAAACUGAAAAACUA